UGCAGGUGAGGUCAUGAUCACGCCCGUCCCCAUCAUCUUCACUGUGUUUCCGCGUGAUGACGGCUCUCUGAACCGCCGUCUGGUCGCCGCUCUGUGCAUCCCAUCAUCCUUCCAGAUCAGCCCGCCCACCCCGACAGACUCAUCCAUACGGAUCGAGGACCGGCCCGGGAUGACCGUAUACGUCCUGCGGUUCGGUGGUUUCGCGGGCGAAAGCGCGUUCCGCGCGGAAGCGUCGCGUCUGACGUGCACACUGGGAGACUCCGCCCCCUUCCAGCGCAAACAGUACCUGUGCUGCAGCUAUGACCCGCCAAUCAAACCGUACAGCCGGCGUAACGAGGUGUGGUUCCUGCGGGACGAGCCCUGAGACUAGUUCCAUAGUGAGCCACACGUGCCUGGACGAUGGAUUGUAAAAGAGUGUUGGUCCAUGCAUGAGUUUUGGCUAAAAUUACCCAUAACCCCUUUGUCACAUGUUGAGUUCUAGCAAAGUGCAGAGGAAAGCGAGCUUUAUUUCUAAUGCUGGGAUUUCUGUCUUGUAUGUCUGAGACUUCCAGUUAUUUUACCUGUAAACAAGCUGCUUGACAUUGUAAACUGAUGUUAUCAUAUUAU